AUGGGCCUACGAUGGAAUGACCAGGGGGAGAGGCUCACCGAGUUCAUCAUGACGACUAAGACCAUCCAUGGAAACUCGCAAUUCCAGAAGCCCUCCUCUCUACGCUGGACGUGGGAGUCACCCGGUGGAGGGUACCGUAAUGAAAUAGACCACAUCAUCGCCAGUAAAAGGUUCUGCCUGACGGACAUCGCUGUUGUACCAAAGUUCUAUACGGUAUCGGACCAUCGCCUCCUCCGAGGAAGAUUUUCCUUCACAAAGAGAGCAGAGAAAGCCGCCAAGUUCAGAGAGAGAAAUCCCAGGACUACCAUCAACUGGGAUCUCUUCGCUACGCUAGCCGGCUUUUGGGAAGAUUUCACACUGGACAACAUCGACGUGGAAUAUGACUGGCUCGUUGAACACCUUCACGACUGCACGAAUAAGACGGAGUUUUAA